CCCACCGAGAUGGACGGCGAGCGGCCGUGCGCGCCGCCUCCGGCACCGUUCCCGCCUGCGCGCGCUAGUUGUGUCUGCAGCUGAGUGUUUUGGCGCUGCAGCGCGGCCAGCUCGUUCUUGAGCUUCUCCACGUCCUCGGCCCCUUCCCCACCUUGUUUACCAUCUUCCGCCUCGCGGAAAUCUGCCAGUUCCUCCUCGGCCUUCUGCCACCGCUUCUCUGCGUCGGCGGCCUCCUUGGCCAGUCGCUUGUUUUCCUUCUCUAGCUCUUCGAUGCGACUGACGUGCUUGCGGUAGAUGUCAGGGGCGGUCUCGCCGUCUGGGCUGAGGAAGCUCGGGGACAGCGCGCCGGGGGCGCCCGAGAUGGAGGCAUUGCGGAAGGAGGUUGACCGGGCUCGCGAUUGUUCGGCGAGAGAGGGAAGUGUUGGUGUUUGCAAAGGAGCCGGGGAUUCGGCCUUCUCCUCCUCUUCGGCGGCGGUCGUAUCAGUCGCCGUGGGCUCCUCGGCUGCGGCUUCGGCAGAUGUCGGGGAUGUGACUUCUUCGGAUGGUUUCUCUUCGGUCUCGUUCGCUGAUUCUUUGGGACUCGAAGGAGUAUCGGCAGGGGCUUCUUCGGAUGUUGGCGGGUUGUCUUCCUUCUUAUCCUCCUUCUUGGAUGCGCCGCCAGCCUUCUUGGCUUUCUGCUUCUUCAAUGCUUCGAGCCUCUUCUUAGCGGCGGCGACCUUCUCGGCCUUGGCCUUGUCCUCGUCCGCCAUGAUGAGCUAGCUCUCGUUGUUACUGGUAGUUGCCGAUAAGAGAACCAGUUCCGCCGGGAUUAAACUAGCUUGGAAUUGAUCGUAGGGAUUUCGAGGUCACUCGUCAAGGAAUGGACGCGCUUCUGAAUUGAUAGAGCAGGAGUAUGUCAGGUUAUCGUUGGAUUGGGAGUUGUUUGUUGUAGC